AUGUGCCUCAGCAUGCAGCUAAGCCUCAUGGAACGAUUGCCAAAAAUGACUGGCAAAGUCGUCGCAGUGACUGGCUGCACCUCUGGCACCGGCAAGAUCUUUGCACAGGCAUGCGCUCGCAAGGGCGCGAAGUUGGUCUUGCUGAAUCGAGACUCUGUUCGUGCGGACGAGACCUAUGGAUACAUCAGGGAGAUCGCCAGAAACAACGAUGCUCCUGCGCCAGUGAAGAUCGCAUGCGAUCUGACGAAAUUCCAGAGCGUCCGGAACGCCGCAGCGAAGCUCAACACCGAGCUGCGAGACAGCGGCCUGGACGUCUUGUGCAACAACGCCGGCAUCAUGGGAUUUGGUGAUGUGGCCACUGAAGAUGGUUGUGACAUUCAGAUGCAGACGAACCACCUCUCGCACUUCCUUCUGACCGGCCUGUGCAUGCCAUUGUUGGAGAGGGCUGCUGCUUUGCGGGGAGAGGCUCGAGUUGUCAACCACAGCAGCGCUGCUCGUGUGAAAGAUGGUAUGGAGAACAAGCUCGAUGCGAAGUACCUCGACAAGAACGGCGGUAACCUCGGGGGCAGCAGCACUACCAUGUUCAAGGGAGCGAACUUCCAGCGAUAUCAGCAGUCAAAGUUGGCCAAUGUGGUCUUCACUUAUGCGUUGCAUGAGCGUUUGCAGCGGAGGGGUUCCAACGUGAAAUCCUUGGUCGCCCAUCCUGGAGUCGCCAACACUCAGUUGUCCUCUGGCACUGUGGCGGCGGGCGGUGCCGAGGACCUGGCGAAGGCGCCCAAGUGGAUCUCAGGAAUGGUGAUUGGUUUCAUCGGCCAGUCCGAAGAAGACGCCACUGUCGGAAUCCUCCGUCAGGCCUGUGAUCCUGAUGCAAAGUCCGGAGAAUUCUACGGACCACUAGGCCAGGGAGGUGGCACUGGAAAGUUUGACUCCACAGAAUACAACGGCCCUGUUGGCAUCCUGAAGCCCGAGCCCUUCGCAGAUUCCGAAGCGCAGCAAGUCCUCUGGUCCAUGAGCGAGAAGGUCCAAGAAAUCACGACACGAUACACAGCAGACAUCUUCUGCAUCUCCGAUCUGUGGUCCACAUCCUGGGACCAAGCCUCGCACCGUUCAGUUGCAUAUCAGCAACUGCAACAGCUGGCGGAGGUGAGCGCUACACACUUGCCAUCCUUGGCUUUCGGGGUAGGCCAGGCUUUGUACUCCUACUUUUGGUUUGAGGAGAAUGGCCCCAAGAUUUUCCUCGAGGUGUGUCAUGAGCGUUGGCUGUUUCUGAUUAUGCUUUGUGCAGAGGUUGGCACUGCCUUUGCCAAGCGGCGGCAAAGCCUGUCAAAAGCGGCAUCACUGCUGCAGCGUGGCAACGAGCUGUUUGAGGAACUGCGACAAUAUCCUUUCUUCAGCUUUCGCAAGUGGCAGGCCCUGUACGACAUCAAUACGAAUUCUCAUGUCUUCCCGGAGGGCUUUCAGCAAAGACCUGUUUGGCCCAACUCAGCUGUUCCUUUGGCCGGGUGGCUGGAGGCAAACUACCACAUCUUCCGAGAGGAUCUGGACACGAUUCUGAACCAGAGCCUUUUCGACACCCUCUACUUCAUGGGCCACGUCUCAAUGACACAAUUUUCUGGGCGUAGGGAGUCAUGGGCACCUUUGAAUUUGAUCCACAACCGCGAACUAGCGCCACAUGCAUGUCAGGUGGCGCAGCGAAGUUGUGCGUUGCUGCAGAGCCGCCCAGAGAUUGCCCGCUGCAAUGCUAAGGACGUGGGGGCUGCCUUUGCGCGCCUACAACCUGGCAUGGGAAUCAAGCCGCACCUGUGGAAUGCGCCUCCAAGGCUGGCAGCACAUUUGGGGCUCCGGACACCACAUGGCGCAUCCAUGGCUGUGGGCGAGCACGAGCUGAGCUGGGAAGAAGGGAAGGCAACGGUGUUUGACGACACCUACAUUCACAGUGUCACCCACGAAGGAACGGAAGAUCGGUAUUUGCUUAUCACCUGGUUUUGUCAUCCUUGUGACACCGUGCAUGCAGAAGUGCCUCCAGAAGACCCGGAGCACUUCUGCCCUUAG